CGCGCGGCGCGCCGUGAGGGCGGGGCCGGGGCGCAGGUGCGGCGCGCGGCGGGGGAUGGCGGGGCCCAACGGGGAGCCCCACGUGCCGCCGGGGGGCGCCGGCCGCAGCGACGACGGGGACGGGGACGGGGACGCCUUCGGGGAGGAAGAGUAUGCAGCCAUAAACUCCAUGCUGGACCAGAUCAACUCCUGCUUGGAUCACCUGGAGGAAAAGAAUGAUUAUCUACAUGCCUGCUUGAAAGAACUGCUGGAGUCCAACCGCCAGACCCGUCUGGAGUUCCAGCAGCAGAGCGAGCAGCAGAAUACAGAAGCUGAUGUGCAGGGAUCACAGCCUCCUGCCUAGUGUCUGGCCACAAACUUUCCAUUGGUAUUGCUAAGGGGACAUUUACUGGUCACCAAUGUAGCAUAAAACUUGAGUAGAAGAGGUACCUUGUGCCUAUUACUUGUUCCUUCCUGUGGUGGUUGUGUCCUGCCGUUCACCUCCACGUUCUGUUUUUCUUUAGCUGUGUGAUCGGUGCAGGGCACACAGGUGGGGGUAGGAGAGCCGAUUCUUUCUGCUCCCCUAACACAAGCCUGGCACUGACACUUGGUUAACACUGUUUGUAGGAGACCUGAUGCAAUGCAGGUAGUUUGCAGGCAGGUCCUCUUCACAAAGAGGAAAAAUUCUCUCAGCGUUUUUGUUAAAUCCAAGCAAGGAGUGUCAUGCUCUAAGCCCUUCCCUCACAGAGUGCAGUAGGCAGGGGCUGUCCUGUCUCCAGGCUUGCCCCCAGAUGUGACUCUGGUGACAGACUUGGAGAGGGAAACCCUAGGCCAAGCUCCUGCCUUGAAACUACAGCUUCUCCGUCAUUUGCGUUACCUGCUAUGUACAUAGUAUUGGCAGAUGGCCCCAGAUGCCUGGAUGCUUCUGUCCCCUUCCGAGCAUAUAAGACGAGCUGCGAGGGUGAUGUUUCUGACAGUUCUAAGUAGGAGCUGCCCGACUCCUCGAGCUGCUGUUAAGGGCUUGGGCGUUCGAGCGAGGCAGAGCUGCCUGGUGAGCAUUAACUGUCCGGAGCAGAGGGAUGGGGCUGCGAGCAGGGUCCUCUGUACAUUUUGACAAGACCAUGCAGGAGUGUUCUAGUCUGAAACUGUGAUCUUGUCAGGAUGGCCUGGCACCACCACAGUGAAGCAAGUCUUACUGUUCUAUCGAGUUAAAGAAAUUAUUUAUAAGAAAUCUGUUUUAUUAAAAUCAGUUUGAAUGAAACAGAAUUUGUUCCUGAGGGUCUCCACUAUGAGAACAGAAUGUAUUAAGCCUUGUAGUAUUAACAAAGGACCCAAGAUGCAUUCUUGCCUAGCUUGUCUUACACAGUGUGCAUCUUUGAAAGGAAACUCUUCUGAGUAGCAGAAUUGGGCGCACAGUCUCCCAAGAGAUUAACUUUUCCUCUGCCUGGGAAGGAAAUGAGAGGAACCACAAAGAAUUCUUAGUGAAAAGUAAGUCUGCAUCCACCUACUUCACGAGCUUUGUCACCUGUGUAAAUCACAUUACCUUUCAGGUUCAACAAUCCAAGCCUCAGUCUUCCCACAUAAUUGCUGUAUCCCAAAUGUACGAGUAAUAACUGACACCAUCCUGUAUUAGACACGCUAAAGCCAGGCUUAUUUUAUUCUUAAAAUAAAAACAGCAGUAAAGUUGAA